GGUUUUCAGAUUUGCACUACAUCAGCUUAAUCAGAACGUCGUAGUUGAGCGGCGUACUAAGAAGUCAUCAUAAGUGCAAAUUUCUUUUUUAAAAUUAAAAGAAAUGCAAGGACUUCAAAUAUUAUUGCUUCUUAGCAUCGCUCCGUGCCGAACUUUUAUAAGUGUGGUGUCCGCGACUAACUGCACCGUCGCGAAUGGCCAGUGGAAGUGUCUGGAUGGUGAUUGCAUCUCAAUAAAUGCGCUCUGUGAUGGUGUAGUCAAUUGUGCAGAUUCUUCAGAUGAGAAUAGUGAGAUGUGUCGCAAACGACUUGAGGAAGUACCUCCUGGUGAAAGUGACGGCAAUACAAAUCAACUUAAUUGUGCUGGUUGGGACCAAAUGAAGUGCUGGUCAGGUUUUUGUAUUAGUGUAGACGGUAAAUGCAAUGGCAUACGCGAUUGUGACGAUGGCAGCGAUGAAACCGCUCGGUUAUGCAAAGCGAUGACCUGUACGGAAAAAGAAUUUAAAUGUGAUUAUGGUGCAUGCGUACCGCUGAAUGCUGUUUGUAAUGGAAAAGUGGAGUGUUGGGAUGAGACCGAUGAAAACCCAGAGUUGUGUGAAACAAAUAGAGUUGCUGCAGGAGCGGUCCCAACAACAUUAAGACCGCCGACAAUUCCUAAUGCUAAACAUGUAUCAACGAGCAGAAUAAGUACAACCACAACAACUAUUAUACCUAUUCUUGAAAUGCCCAUCGAAGUCGAAGACAGUAACAUAGAUAUAAUCGAUACUACAACCAAUAAAGACCAAUUCGCUUCCGAAUCAAUAACGAGUCAACCAGAACCUAUAACAACUACAAUUAAAAAUUUCACCAACGGUUUGUAUAAUGUACAGCAAAAAGCACAGAAAGUUUACGAAAACUCAACUAAUACAAACAACAUCUCGAAUCACAUAGUCGAUAAUACUCAGGAAGCCAAAGUAGGAAUGAAUAGGCCGAAUAUCCCACUGCACCUGAAUACAACAGCUGCUGAAAUAGAAGCAGGUUUAAGUCACGAUAAAUAUCUAGAAGAAAUAUCUCAGGGCGUAAGUAAUGCUAGACGUCUACCGCGAAUAGCGGGAAAUGAAAAAGCGGGUCCCAAAAGCAACACAUCUGAACCUAUAUUUACGACUACGGACGUUAGCAUUCCACUAUCACAAACGUAUCAAGCACAGAUUCCUAACACAACUAAUUACAAUGGUAAUCCAGCUAAGCGCCCAACACAUAUCGAUAAACAGGUCUCUUACACAUCAAAAUCCGGGCCAUCUACGCCACCAAAAUUCGACACCGUAUCUACCACCUUACAAACUACACCUCUCCCUACAACUUUGCUCAGACCUGGUGCAGCCGCCAAAAGUAAGUGUAAUUUUGGCGAAUGCGCUCUUCCGCUAAUUUGUGAAAUUUCGAACCCCAACUCGACACAUUUAAGUAACACCAAUCGGCGCAUAUCUGCUGAAGAAGGUUCCCAUAUAACAUUUAGUUGCAUCAAAGGGUAUGAGUUAGUAGGUGCGAAACGCAUAAUCUGUACUGAGCGUGGAUGGAUUCAUAAUAAGCCAAAAUGCGCGAUUGCUUGUGAAGUGGACUUUUUAGCUCAAUGCGCAUCACAAGUCGGAUGUUUAUAUAAAAGACGAAAUUCGAACUCACAAAUUUUCAUAACACCGACUUUUACGGAGAGUAAAGUGGAGAAACACACUGAAAUUGAUUUUAUAUGCAGAAAAGGUUAUGUGUUGGAAGGUUCCAGAAGCAGAAUAUGUACGGAGAGUGGUUGGGCACAGCCCUUGCCCCAAUGCAUUUCUCUUUCAGUUGAACAAGGAAGGCCGGGAUUUGAUAUAAGGAGGUUAUUUGAAUAUGUCAUUGAGCGAUUGAUAGGGAAGCAAUAAAAUAAGUUAACUACAUUGUUUUCACUACAAAGUAGAACCGAUCGGCCAAUAAUAUCAAGCGUAGGUCUAUCUAUUGGUUAACUAACAAUUAUACAUAUAGCAUAUUCUGCUAUGGACCAGAUUUAUCAAAAGGAAGUCUGCAAUUUUUAAGAAAACAUUUUCAAAUAAAAAAUACAUAUAUUUAAA